AUGUGGCUCAUCAACACGUCGUCCCACAACCUUGAGGAGUUCAUCGGCAGAGACAUACCACCCUACGCAAUCCUUUCGCACACAUGGGGAAAGGAUGAAGUGACAUUCCAGGAUAUGAAGGAUCCAAGGUUCUUAGUUCGGGAACAGACUAUCAGGAAGGCCGGCUUCGUCAAGAUCGCAAAAGCCUGCGGGCUAGCUCAACAACAAGAGCUGCAGUACGCGUGGGUCGACACGUGUUGCAUCGACAAGUCAAGCAGUGCUGAGCUGACGGAGGCCAUCAACUCAAUGUUCAAGUGGUAUCAGCGAGCAGCCAUCUGUUAUGCCUGGUUAUCUGACCUGGACCCCUCCGCCGACAUUGACAGCGACUUCGACGGUAGUGGAGACUUGGGUCAAUGUCGCUGGUUCACGCGGGGCUGGACCCUCCAAGAACUCAUCGCGCCCAAGGAAGUCGAAUUCUACGACCGAGACUGGAACCUCGUCGGCUGCAAAAGUGGUCUUGUCGACCAGCUCCACGCUAUAACAGCCAUCGCCAAAGAUGUCCUCGGCAACCGCCAUCGCGCUUUGUUGCACACCUGCGUCGCCGAGAAGAUGUCCUGGGCCGCAGGGCGGGAGACAACGCGUGUCGAGGACGCCGCGUACUGUCUUAUGGGCAUAUUCGGUAUCAAUAUGCCUCUCUUUUACGGUGAAGAAGAGAAGGCAUUUCAAAGACUCCAGAAUGAGAUUCUGCGCGAGAGCGACGAUGUGACGAUCUUUGCAUGGGAGAGAGCCCGACAUAGACCGCCGCCAGAUCAGUGCUUCUUUGACAACGGCCGGAAUUUCGGCGGCGUGCUCGCCGAAUCCGCAGACGACUUUGCCGUCCACCGCCAUCAAAGAAAGAUCUAUCCGCCGCCUAUCAGGCGACCGACGCUUGAGUUGACGAAGAAUUGCAUCAAAAUCUACACCGAGCUCGUCUGGGAAGAAGCGCCCGAAGUCAGCGGACGCCGUUAUUACAUACACUGUGGCUCUCGUGGCGAGAAACACGUUGCUAUCCGCCUCGUUAAAGUUGUAGGCGGCUCCUUUAUACGAGAGGCUCUGGAUCAAUGCGCCUCAAAUUGCAUUUUCCACAUAGACGCCCAGCGCCGACGAGAGUUCAGCCUGCUCGUCAAUACCUCGAGCUAUCCAAUUCGCCUACUCAGCCACGGCGGAUGGGACCUGGUGAAAAUGAAACUCCGUUGCCCCAAAAAUAUGAAGGUCGCAGAGGCCUGGCCAUGGUCGAAGUGGCACGAUGAGGAACUGGAAUUCGUGGCGUACCCGACGCGUCUUUGCGGGUCUAUCCUCUUUCACGUUUACCACGCAGUCCCCUCUACAAACCACGAGGCGAUCCCCCGCGAAGACUACAGGACAGAUAUUGUCUUCAUUUUCAACCCGCACGAGAUUCACAGUGACAUCCAGGAAGUGAAGGGAACCCUCCUUGAGAGAUACGGUGAAUUUCAGGCAAAAGUGGACCAUGUUCACUCUUUUCUGAAUUCCGAGGAGCCUGAUAACUUGGGCUUUAAUGACCUUCUCACGCAAAUUGGCUUACCCACGUCCAAUAAGGUUGCAUUCGACUUGGGAACGUCAAAGCGGUCUGCUGUACUGUCAUUCACCUCGAAGAAGCUUACAGUUCCCGUGAUAGGCUCGACCUCCCCAGCCUGGGAAAUCACGUUCGAGAUGAACGAGACUAAAAGAUUCAGUGGAUCAGUAAAGCACAAGAAGUGGCAAGCCGAUUAUUGA